CCCCGCCCGGCUCCCAUGACUGACAGUCAGGAUGCGCCAAUAGCCGCGGCGAAUGCCACCCUCGGGCUUGGCCGGCCUGCCAAUGGGAGGAGGCGGGAGGAGGGAGACGGGCCCUGGGGCGGCAGCAGGGUUGGGUGCGCGGCGCUGCAGCCCGGAAGGAGCCGGCGGGGGAGUUUGGGGUGUGUGGCGCGAUCCUCAGCCGUCACUAUGUCGAUUAUGUCAUAUAAUGGCGGGGCCGUCAUGGCCAUGAAGGGGAAGAACUGCGUGGCCGUUGCGGCAGACAAACGGUUUGGAAUUCAGGCUCAGAUGGUGACCACAGACUUCCAGAAGAUUUUCCCUAUGGGAGACAGACUGUACAUUGGACUGGCUGGGCUUGCCACAGAUGUGCAGACUGUUGCCCAGAGGCUGAAGUUCAGGCUGAAUCUCUAUGAACUGAAGGAAGGCAGGCAGAUCAAACCACAGACUUUCAUGAGCAUGGUGUCCAAUCUGCUCUACGAGAGACGGUUUGGACCUUAUUACACAGAGCCAGUCAUUGCUGGACUGGACCCCAUAACUUAUGAACCUUUCAUCUGCUCUCUAGACCUGAUUGGCUGUCCCAUGAUAACUGAUGACUUUGUGGUCAGUGGGACCUGCUCAGAGCAGAUGUAUGGCAUGUGUGAGUCCCUCUGGGAACCUGAUAUGGAACCAGAUCAUCUCUUUGAAACCAUCUCCCAGGCUAUGUUGAAUGCAGUAGACAGAGAUGCUGUGUCUGGAAUGGGUGUGGUAGUGCAUAUAAUUGAAAAAGAUAAGAUCACUACAAGAACACUGAAGGCUCGCAUGGACUAACUUAAGAUGGGGUUUGUUCUUAUUUCACAUGUCAAAUCUGUUUGGAUUUUUUUAAAUAAAGUUUCUUCAUUGUUGGA